UUGUUUGACAUAGAUUCUCAUUUGACUUCCAUAAUGUCACAAUGUAUAGGAGUGACCUUUGUCCUGAUCAAACAGGACACUCUGCCUUUCCCUUCUGUUAUCUGACCUCUCUUCCAUGGAAUCCUGCAGGUUUAUGGGACUGUAUUUCACAUGAACCAUGGAAACCCAUUCAACCGAAAGGCUUUAGUAGACAAAUGGCCUGAUUUCAAUACGGUGGUUAUCCGCCCUCAGGAACAGGAUAUGACAGAUGACCUGGAUCAAUACACCAAUACUUACCAAGUCUACUCCAAGGAUCCCCAGAACUGUCAGGAAUUCCUUGGUUCUCCAGAAGUGAUCAAUUGGAAACAGCAUUUGCAGAUUCAGAGUUCCCAGUCCAGCCUGAAUGAGGCAAUACAAAAUCUUGCAGCUACGAAAUCUUUGAAAAUCGAACGCUCAGAGAACAUUCUCUUCAUCGCAGCUGAAACCAUCAAGAAACUAAUCCCUUCCCUGCUGGAUACCAAGACUUUAUCACCUGGUGGUGGCAAGCCCAAGGCCAUCAACCAAGAGAAGUUUAAAAUCUCCUCCCUGGGUAUUUCCCACGCUGCCUUGGUGAAUCAAUUCUGGCAUUUUGGUGGCAAUGAGAGAAGCCAGAAAUUCAUUGAGCGCUGUCUCCGGAACUUCCCGAGCUCCUGUUUGCUGGGGCCUGAGGGGAACCCGGUGUCCUGGACAUUGAUGGACUACACUGGAGAAACGCGAAUGGGAGGUACCCUGCCCGAGUACCGUACCCAGGGCCUCGUCACCUAUGCUGUCUAUAUGCAGGCCCAGGAAAUGGCCAAACGUGGGUUUCCUGUUUAUUCUCACACAGUCAAGACCAACACAGCUAUGCAAAAAAUGAGCUACACUCUGCAACACAUCCCCAUGUCUUGUGCCUGGAACCAGUGGCUCUGUUCGCCAAUGUGAAGCUGGCGCUGAACACAACUUGGUGUUGGGUGGGUCUGGAGUGAAUGGCAGGAAGAAAGAAAGAAUACACUGAAUCAGCAUUCAGGGCUCCUGUUUGGGCUCUGCAGAAGGAGUGUGAAUGGUYGACAGGACUUUCCUAUCCCUGGGCUCAAAUCACUCAUGGACUUCCCUUAGGUUCCCCAGAUAGAAGCAGAAAAUGUUGCUGCUGUAUUGAACCCCUGUGAUUUCACACCGCAUCCUUCAUCAGCUACAUAAUGUUCCAAAUUACUUUUUCUGAAACUCGUAACGAGUGGGUCAGAAGAUCCUUGAUAAUAUUUUCUGGCAGCUAUGACUUAUUUCUCUUUCUGUUUAUGGCUUUUCCUUCAGUGAUCAGCAAGUGGGCUGUCUUCAUUAGAUCUUUAGAGAGUAGCUUUUCCUCUGUUUGCUGCUUUAUAGGUACAUUAAAUAUAUGCCACACAAAUUAUAUGGGCUGUUAGGCUAAACACAAUGUACAUGACAUAGCAAGAAGAAUUGUUAAGAAAAAAAGACUAACUCCUUUAACUUGUCCUCUCCCAGCUCCCACCCCAGGAAAAAUGAUCCAAUGUGGCUUCCC